AAAUGUAGACUAAACUUGCCAUGUGAGCUCACUUCCAGCUGCCACUCACCGCCAAGAUUUUUCUUUUCUUCUUUUACUCUCAUUUUCAGUACCAUUUUAGCAGAUCUUAAACAAAGUGUGGCUAGAAAAACCGCAAGAAAAUUUGUGGCAGCUACAAGGGUCCUAUGGAGUUCUUUAGAUCUACAGUAUUAUUAGUGUUCUUGCUGUCUUGCUUCAGCUUUCCAUCAACAGAUGCCUUCGAUGCACUUGAUCCCAAUGGGAACAUCACAAUAAAAUGGGAUGUCAUCAGCUGGACACCUGAUGGAUAUCUUGCUGUUGUGACUAUGUUCAACUUCCAGCAAUAUAGGCAUAUUCAAGAACCAGGCUGGACUUUGGGAUGGACAUGGGCGAAGAAGGAGGUGAUAUGGAAUAUGAUGGGAGCUCAAACAACAGAGCAAGGUGAUUGUUCAAAAUUUAAAGGAAACAUUCCCCAUUGCUGCAAGAAGGAUCCAACAGUUGUUGAUUUGCUGCCCGGAACUCCUUACAAUCAGCAGAUUGCAAAUUGUUGCAAGGGAGGAGUGAUCAACUCAUGGGGGCAAGAUCCUGAAACUGCUAUUAGCUCAUUCCAAGUCAGUGUUGGUUCUGCUGGAACAACGAAUAAAACAGUUAGAGUUCCUAAGAACUUCACCUUAAAGGCACCAGGACCUGGUUAUACGUGUGGACCCGCUAAAAUUGUUAAACCCACUAAGUUCGUUACUAAUGAUAGGAGACGAGUAACGCAAGCCAUGAUGACGUGGAAUGUCACUUGUACAUACUCACAGUUCCUAGCUCAAAAAACUCCAACAUGCUGUGUCUCCCUCUCAUCCUUCUACAAUGACACAAUUGUACCAUGCCCAACAUGCACAUGUGGCUGCCAGAAGAAUGGCACUCAGCAUGGAAAUUGUGUAGAUCAAGACGAACCGCACCUAGCUUCAGUUGUUUCAGGCCAUGUAGGAAAGAACAACUAUGCUCCUGUGGUUCAGUGCACAAAUCAUAUGUGCCCUAUUAGAAUUCACUGGCAUGUGAAACUCAACUACAAGGAGUAUUGGAGGGUGAAGGUCACUAUAACGAACUUCAAUUACAAUAUGAAUUAUACACAGUGGAACUUAGUUGUCCAGCAUCCCAACUUCGACAACCUCACUCAGUUAUUCAGCUUUCAUUACAAGUCGUUAACUCCUUAUGGAGCAAUAAAUGACACUGCUAUGCUAUGGGGUAUGAAAUUCUACAAUGAUCUGCUCAUGAAUGCUGGUCCAUUAGGAAAUGUGCAGUCCGAGCUUCUAUUCCGUAAGGAUUUAUCGACUUUUACUUUUGAUAAGGGGUGGGCUUUUCCACACAGAGUUUAUUUCAAUGGUGAUAACUGUGUCAUGCCACCUCCCGAGUCAUAUCCGUAUAUGCCAAAUGCUGGUACCAUAUGGAAGGUUUCUCCGCUAAAGCUAGUGGUGACAUUGAUGCUUUCUACAGCGCCCUUCUUUGCAUUUAUUUAGAAACCUCUCGUUGGAUAAAGGCGAAGUGCCUGUCUCAGUAAGUUAAGUUAGGGCUGGUUCGCUCGCACUGCUUGGGAAACUGAUUGGAGAGUUGUAUGCCUGAGCAGUGAUGCUGACCAUUCUUGUUCAAGGCAAAUAUUAAUUUCCUCUGCAUGCUUUUACGGGCUGGUGAGAUUUGGUGCCAUAGUUUUCAUUCAGCAGUUUGUAUGAAAUGUUUUUCUACUGUGGUAAAGUCGUUUUUGUUAUGUAGAUUAAGUUCACAGUGAUCUCACGGUUGUAUGAGAAUAAAGACUAUUUACAAACAGAUAGAGUUAAUUAUAUGAGAUCUUUAGUUCUCUACUUUUCUGCAGUAUCACCAUGUAACCAAUUUCUAUAUUGUAAAAAAAGAUUCUUUGCAACAUAGUUGCAUUUGUUCAA